AUGAAUACUAUGAACACAUUGAACAGCAACACACAGCAAUAUUGCACUGAGAAAAAUGAAUCUUCAUAUAGUGAGGCAAGAAUAAGCGAACAGCAGCAUUGUAACUAUCAAAUGAACAAUAACCCAUAUAACCCAGCACCGUCGAUACCUACAAAAUUAUUCGUUAGCUCAAUUCCCAAAAAUUUAACGGAAAACGAUAUAAAAAUUAUAUUUGAAGAAUAUGGAAAUAUAAAAGAUGUUGUUUCUAUAAAAGAUAAGAAACCUAAUACAAACAGAGCAAAUGUAUUUGUGUUAAUGGAAUCUAUAUACUAUGCUCAAAAGGCAAUACAAGAUUUACAUGGGAAAAAAGUUCUAUGUGAAACGUUAGGCCCUUUAAUAGUUAAGUUUGCAAUAGGAGAGUUAGAAAAGUAUGGAGUGAAUAUGAAUAAUGCAAAUGAAAAUGAUUCGAAGUUAUUUGUAGGAUCCUUACCAAAAGAUAUAACAGAAGAACAGAUAAGAAAUAUAUUUAAUCGAUAUGGAAAUGUUACAGAAGUUUAUAUAAUGAAAAAUUCGAAUGGUGUUAGUAAAAGGUGUGCAUUCGUUAAUUAUGCUUAUAAAGAGCAAGGAAUAUUUGCCAUACAAAAUUUAAAUGGAAAAUUAGCUAUUGAAAAUUCCGAAAAACCUAUUGAGGUCCGAUUUGCAGAAAUGAAAAAUCAGCAACAGGAAAAACAGUUGUUUAAUAGAACAUUAUUAAAUCCAUUAAAUAAGGGAAACCUCAAUAACAAUAAUAAUGGCAAUAAUAAUGGCAAUAAUAACGGCAAUAAUAACUAUAAUAAUGGAAACAAUGGUAACAACAAUCCAGGAAAUAAUAAUAAUAAUAAUAAUGGUGCAUAUAUACAGACCCAACAAUUUAAAAAUAUGCAUGUAAACUCUUUUAAUAGAUAUCCCCUACAUAUGAACUAUAAUUUACAAAAUAACGGAAACCGACAAAGAAAUACAAACAAUACAGCGUCCUCACCUUGGAAACAAUAUUUUUCAAAAGAAGAGGGAAGACCCUACUAUCAUAAUGAAAUAACUGGACAAACCCAAUGGCAUAAACCUAGAAAAAUGGAUGAAGAUUUUAUAAAUCCAUUAAAUAUGAAUGAAGUAUCAGGACCUGUAGGAGCAAAUAUUUUUAUUUUUCAUAUUCCAAAUGAAUGGACACAAAAUGAUUUAUUAGCUGCAUUUUCUCCUUUUGGAAAUAUUAUAUCUGCACAUAUCGCUACAGAAAAGGAUACAGGAAGAAAUAGAGGCUUUGCUUUUGUUUCUUAUGACAAUGUGGAUAGUGCAAUUAAUGCAGUGAAAUAUAUGAACGGCUUUUUAGCUCAUAAAAAGAAAUUAAAAGUUACUAUAAAAAAAGGAGAAGAGCAGUAUGUGCAGGCUUUGUUAAGUCAAAGGAGCACAUUAACAAAUCCAGAAAAUAGGAGAAACUUUAUGAACUCACCAGCCCAUACGUAG